ACCCGUAAAUAAAAUUCAUCUUUUGAAACACUAAAAAUCUUUUUUUUUGCUACUUUAUCAUCAGUUCGGGUUGAAUUUUAAAACUAGCAUCAAGUGGCGUGAAAUUCUUCUCUUGUGCCGAAACUAGAAAAAAAAGUGUGGAUAAAAAAUCAAUUAUAAGUUCUCGAAAGUAAACAUUUGAGUGAAAACCGUAAAAUUAAUUGAUUAUCGUGUUAAAAAUGAUGAACAUGAACAUGAUGAAUGAUCCAGCACUAGCUGGCAUGAUUCCCUUUGAUCCAAUGCAGUUUUAUGAGCCACCUAAGCCUCGAUAUAUUUUUAAAAUGCCACGCGUCGUGCCAAAUCAAAAGGAAAAGUUUGAAAGUGAAGAUUUAUUUAAACGGCUGCAUCGCGACGGCGAAGUUAGAUACACAGGAUUUCGUGAUCGUCCUCAGGACGAAAGGCAAUUAAGAUUCCAAACAGGAUGUCGAGAAGGACACACAGAACUCUCAUUUGUUGCAUCAGGCACAAAUGUUCAACUGGUUUUUAAUCCCGGCUACCAUCACCAUCAUCAUCCAGCAUAUGCCAUUGAAAGAGAAUGCGAUUUCGACAAAGAAAUCGGAAAAGUUCACAUCAAAUCACAUUUCAUACUCAACGGCGUUUGCGUAAGAUUCCGUGGAUGGGUCGACCUUGAACGUCUUGACGGCAUUGGACGUCUCGAGUAUGAUGAACGACGUGGCGCACAUGAAGAUUCAAUAUUGAAAGAGCAACUCGAACGUUACAGCCAAAGAUUAAAAGAUUUUGAAGACACAAAACGCGGAGUUUAUCCAAGAACUGACGAUGUUAAGCGAGAUGGGCAGACACAGCAGAUGAAUGGCUGGCGACGUUGAAUUUUAUUUAUUUAAGUCUUCGACAAUCCGAAUGAUUUGUGCAAUGUAAAACAUUUCCUAAUUUAAGUACAUUUUUUGAUUUAAAAAUAUAUUNAUCUGGAAAGAUUAAAAA